AUGAAGAUUUCAAGUUUAUCAAUUAUCAUUCUCUUAACCAUUUCAUCCAUUUUCUUCAUACCACUAAUCCAAUGCCAUCAACCACCAAAGCUAGACUUAAUUAAAGCUAUAUGUCGAAAAACACCUCAUUACCAUCUUUGCGUUAUAACAUUAAAAUCAAAUUUAUAUGCAGUAAAGUAUAUUGCAUCAAAUACUGACAUCUCUGGAUUUGUUCGUGUAACACUCAAGGUUGUCGCGACAAGAGCACCGGUCAUAUUACAUCAACUUCAAACUGUUCAAGCGCAAACCAAGGACAUACAACUGAAAGCUGCUUUGGAUAAUUGCAUUGCUUCAUACACCAAGAUAUCAAAAGAACUUGUGCCACAAGCUCAGAAAUGUGUAGACAAAAGUGAUUAUAAUGGUGUCAAACAAAGUGCAACCACUGCUGGAAAUUUGGCUGAUACUUGUGGGAAGAAAUGCAAUGGCACCACUAGUUCAGCUGUUCUUUCGCAACUUGGGGAUAGUAAUCAAUAUGUGAAAAAUAUGUGUGCAAUUACAGUCUCCAUUGCUACCCAAUUUCCUCAAUCAACUCACCAAAUUUUACCAUAA